AUGAGGAAUAACUUUAUCUUCUAUCGCAAAAAAAUGCUCCGUACACAGAGAGAAGUUUUUCCACGGUCUGAAUACGUGGACAUCCAAUGGUUGAGUAAAGCCAGUUGUUCCCGCAGGAAUUUUUCAUUCAAAUCGGUGAGUAUCAGUUGGGUAGUGUUACUUGUCAGAGAUUGCAAAAAAGAGAGACCAACAUUUUUGGAGACGCAGAACUGCGUUGGCACAGCUUUAACUGCCCUAGGCGCUGCAGUUUCCAUGCUCAUAGAUCCCCCAGAAGAAGGUCUGGAUGAAGAUAUUUUCACAGAUUAUUUGAGCCAUGCUGGUCAGAGUCUGACAGAUGUCUUCCAUCAACAGUCAUUGGCUCGGAAAUCGUUUGUCACUCCACAACUCAAUAAAAAUAUUAAACAAACCGUGGAUGCGAUGAUUUCUGAUAAGUGGCUUUAUGGCAAUAAUCUCAAGGAAAAAGUCAAAGACGCAAAAGAGAUCGAAAAGGCUUGCGCAGAAAUUAAGAAUAAAGUCCAACAGAAAUAUUCGUCAAAAUCGAAUCGGGGAAACUCGAAGUAUCCACCUGCGAAUUAUCGGCAGGUGGGUUAUCAACAAAAACGAUAUUAA